AAUGUCUGUAACAUAUCUUGGAGCGAUGUUGGCUAGCAAUCACGCUCUACAAUUUGUUCCCUAUCCCACCCAAGUUUUGGGAAAAUCUGUUAAACCGAUACCAGUUAUGAUACUGGGUGUUUUAUUGGCUGGAAAGAGAUACCCUUUAAGGAAAUAUUUAUUUAUUGUUUUGAUAGUAGCCGGGGUAGCAUUGUUCAUGUAUAAAGAAAAGAAAGGAGCAGCGACGACCGUCGGAUUUGGUUUUGGAGAAAUACUAUUAAUUACAUCUCUACUGUUAGAUGGCGGCACUGGCUCAAUUCAAGAUAAAAUUCGUUCAAAUUAUACGGUAAAAACUUUUGGAAUGAUGCUUUUUAUGAAUGUCUGGUCUGUUUUAUAUUUGGGAAUUGGUUUACUUUUAACUGGUGAAGCUUUUUCAUUUCCUGUAUUUUCAUUUAAAUACCCUUCUGUUCUACUCCAUAUAUUUAUAUUUUCGCUCGCUAGCGCAGUUGGACAGUUUUUCAUCUUUAUGACAGUCACCAAUUUUGGACCAUUACCUUGUUCAAUUAUUACAACUACUAGGAAAUUCUUUACGAUAUUGUUCUCAGUUUUCAUUUACGGACAUCCGAUGAUCAUAAGACAAUGGAUAGGAACAAUAUGCGUAUUUAUUGGUCUUGGUCUCGAUUCCGCUUACGGAAAACAAAAGAGGAAGGUUGAAAAAAUAGAGAAAAGUUAA